AUGGUGCACACAAGGAGUCGCGCCGCCGCUGAGCCGUCCUUCACAGUCAACCCCCACCAUCACCGCUUCUCUACUCCCCAAACCAUCGAUUUAACUGACGGGGCAUCGUCUUUUUCAUCUUCUCCACCACGUGACCUUUCCCUAUCACCGCCGAACGAUGAUCCCUUGGUCUCCUCUCCCUCUUCGUCGCACUACUCAUCCUCUCCCUCCCUACCGCAAACAACAACCACAUCUCCCCCUUUUCCUUCUCCACUUCACGUACCACAGUCGCACGGCUCAUCCUCAUCACCCUCUCCUCUGGCCGAACAACACGAUUCCCCCUCUCCGUCGCCUUCUCAUAUAAAUACCGAACAACCUAUUCUCUGCCUUCCACCACUGUCGGCCCUACCCCUUGUGGCACACAACGAGACGCCACCACCAGGUUCGACACCCAAACCGUCGCGCUACCAGCGUUGUCGUAGGACCACACGGCUUUCAGCCCAACCAACGGCCUCAAACGACGGUGCUUCCUCUAAUACAAUGGUCGACACAACCGAACAACCCAUGUCACCCGAUCCCCCACGACGAUAG